AGUCUGAAUUGACCAAUCACCGACGACUUCAGAAAUACCGGGGUAUACUUUCUGCGGACUACGCUUGCCUGUGAACGAAACUAUCUAAAAAGCACAUUUAUUCACUUACAUGAGGCGAACAGGCUGAACUGUAAUUUCAUCCAACUUUAAAACAGAGUCAUGGAUGCAGAAGGGUUUGGAGAGCUUUUGCAGCAGGCAGAACAAUUGGCUGCAGAAACAGAAGCUGUGUCUGAACUGCCACAUGUGGAAAGGAACCUUCAGGAGAUCCAGCAGGCUGGGGAAAGGCUUCGAUCCCGCACCUUAACUCGCACCUCUCAAGAUGCUGCAGAUGUGAAAGCGUCCAUCCUCCUUGGUACCAGAGGUUUAGACGUCUUCCACAUUUCACAGAGACUGGAAACUCUAAGUGCUGCCACCACCUUUGAGCCCCUGGAACCAGUCAAGGACACUGACAUACAGGGCUUCUUGAAGAACGAGAGGGACAACGCCCUCCUGUCCGCCAUCGAAGAGUCUCGUCACAGGACGUUCCUGUUGGCUGAAGAGUACCAUCGUGAGUCCAUGCUGGUUCAGUGGGAGCAGGUGAAGCAGAGAGUUCUGCACACUCUACUAGGAGCUGGAGAAGAUGCUCUGGACUUCAGCCAAGAUCUGGAGCCGAGCUUCGUGAGUGAAGUGACAGCUCCAGGGAGGAGUGCACUAGAUAGUGUGGAGGUGGCUUAUGGACGGCAGAUCUAUUGUUUUAACGAGAAGAUUGUAAAUGGACACAUUCAGCCUAAUCUGGGGGAUUUGUUAGCUGCAGCGGCAGAAAGUCUGGAUGACAAGAACGUCUCAGAGCUGUGGCUUAUGGUGAAGCAGAUGACAGAUGUGCUUCUGGUUCCAGCCAAAGACACCCUCAAGAGUCGCACUUCAGUUGAGAUGCAGAUGGCCUUCGUGCGUCAGGCGCUCAGCUUCCUGGAGAACAGAUAUAAACACCACACGAUGGGAACGGUCUUUGGGAAUCUCCACCAGGCCCAACUGGGAGGUGUGCCUGGAACAUACCAGCUGGUCCGCAGCUUCCUCAACAUCAAGCUGCCGGGGCCCCUUCCUGGCAUGCAGGACGGUGAGAUAGAGGGCCACCCAGUGUGGGCUGUGGUCUACUACUGCCUGCGCUGUGGAGAUCUGAACGCAGCCAUGCAGGUGGUGAGCAAAGUGCACCACCAGCUGGGAGACUUUAAGACCUGGUUUCAGGAGUACAUGAACAGCCCCGACAAACGCCUCUCCCCGACUUCAGAGAACAAGCUUCGUCUUCACUACCGCAGAGCGCUGAGGAACUGUGCCGACCCGUACAAGAGAGCCGUCUACUGCCUCAUCGGGAAAUGUGACGUCAGUGAUAACCAUGGAGAGGUGGCAGAUAAAACAGAAGACUACCUCUGGCUUAAGUUGAACCAGGUGUGUUUUGAUGAUGACGGCAGCAGCAGCUCUCCUCAGGACCGACUCACUCUGGCACAGUUACAGAAGCAGCUGCUGGAAGACUACGGAGAGUCCCACUUCUCCGCGAGCCAGCAUCCCUUCCUGUACUUCCAGGUGUUGUUCCUGACAGCGCAGUUUGAGGCGGCCGUGGCGUUCCUGUUCUGUGUGGAGAGACUUCGUAGUCACGCCGUGCACAUCGCCCUGGUUCUGUACGAGCUGCGGCUGCUGCUGAAGUCGUCGGGUCAAAGCGCUCAGCUGUUGAGCCAGGAGCCAGGUGACCCUCCGAUGAUCCGACGCCUCAACUUUAUCCGUCUGCUGAUGCUGUACACUCGCAAGUUUGAGUCCACGGAUCCAAGGGAAGCGCUGCAGUACUUCUACUUCCUACGCAAUGAAAAAGACAGCCAGGGAGAAAACAUGUUCAUGCGUUGUGUCAGUGAACUUGUUAUUGAGAGUCGUGAGUUUGACAUGCUGUUAGGAAAACUAGAGAAGGACGGCAGCAGGAAGCCUGGCGUCAUAGAUAAGUUUGCAGGCGACACCCGAGCGAUCAUUAGCAAAGUGGCUCUCGAAGCAGAGAACAAAGGCUUGUUUGAGGAGGCGGUCAGACUCUACGAGCUGGCCAAGAACCCAGAUAAGGUGCUGGAGCUGAUGAACAGGCUGCUGAGUCCAGUCAUCGCCCAGGUCAGCGCACCUCAGUCCAACAAAGAGAGGCUGAAAAACACAGCCGUGGCUAUAGCUGAAAGGUAUCGUUCACAGGGAGUAGCAGCUGAGAAGACGGUUAACAGCACCUUUUACCUGCUUUUGGACCUGAUGACGUUCUUUGAUGAGUACCACACAGGUCACGUGGACAGAGCCUACAACGUCAUGGAGCGCUUAAAGCUGCUUCCUCUCAGUCAGGACGGCGUGGAGGAGCGAGUCGCUGCUUUUAGGAACUUCAGCGAUGAGGUGCGUCACAACCUGUCUGAGGUGCUGCUGGCCACCAUGAACAUCCUCUACACCCAGUACAAACGCCUGAAGGCGGCGCCGGCGGGCACACCAGCACGAUCCCAAAGGGCCAUCGAAGACAAAGGGAUGCAGCUGCACAGUCAAGCCAGAGCCCUGAUCACCUUCGCUGGUAUGAUUCCCUACAACAUGGCUGGAGACACCAAUGCAAGACUGGUUCAGAUGGAAUUACUGAUGAACUGAUGCAAAACUUAAACACACACACACACACACCCAUCUGUGUUUCAUUUUGUUUUUAUAUUUCGUUUUGUGACGUUUCACCCGUCUGAGUUUCGUCUGUUUAAGUUUCGUUUCGUUUGUACCCUCUCGAGAUUGGAAUAAAAAUCUUUCUGUUGUC